CGAAAAUUCAGCGCAUAAAAUGUCGCGAAAUAAAAAGUCGGCUGUAACGCCUUUUCCCUUCUCGGAUAUCACUAUAAAGGAGGCAGUUGUAAAUGCAAUUUACAGGUGAAUACAGUUGAUAUAUCGGGGAAAGGGGUGACGGGGCGGCGACGCGCAUAACCGGCCUCGUCAGCUAAAGCUCGAGAGUUGGCGGGAAAGAGGAAAAGCCAGCACGUCUUGGGCGUAACGACGGAGGUAAAGCAGCGCGCGUUCCUUCGACCGGGUGAUGAAGGUCCCGUCCCACAUUUUAUUCGCCGGUUGAAGAGAUGCUGUCGCGACUGGUGAUCGUGUUGUGCUUGUCGCUGAUGGUCCGGAGCCAGCCGACGAUGGAUCUCACCAAUGGAAACAACUCAAUGGAGUGCUGCAGCAACGAGACGGAGAUGACGUCGCUGCCCUGCCCCGCUUCCCCCUGUCCCAUCACCCCAUGCCACCCGUACAUGACGGUGCCCUCGGUCGUCCUUCUCCAGGGGGGGAGCUUCCAGUGCUCGACGGGCUUGGCCUAUCCGAGGCUCGCCCGUGACGACUACAGGUAUAGUCCGGGCAUCGGGGCCCACAAGUUGCACAUGCGCGCAACCACGUGGAACAAUGCGCGGAAGAUGUGCAACGACGAGGGCGGACAUCUCGCCAUCGUCAACUCCAUGACCGAGGCUCACAUAUUGACAGAAAUGUUCUCGAAGGCGGGAGUGGCGAAAGGUGCGCCUUAUACGGACGUCGCCUUCCUCGGCUUCCACGACUUGUACAUGCAAGGCGAAUGGGUGACGAUACUCGGCGACUCACUUUUCAAGACGGGCUACACUACCUGGUCGGAUAAGUACGGCGGUCAGCCGGACAACGGCGGCCAGCCGGACAAUGACAACGGCAAUCAGCACUGCGGGGGUUUCUUCAGGGACGGCGGCCUCGACGACGUCAAUUGCCAGAUUCCCUUCGCCUUCUUCUGCGAGCUACCCAUAACGUGCUUUAUGCGUUGAUGCGACCCACCAUGAGCAGUGGGGUUGCACUUACUUAUGCGCUCCUUGUACAAUUGCUAUUAUCGA